AAAUCAAGAAGAAACCUUGAUUUCAUCCCCAGGAAUAGAAUACAGACAAUUAUUGUAAUCGCCAGCGUCAUUUCUUUAAUUAUUUUGGAACCUUUCAAGAAGAAGCGAACUUAUUCUCGUAACCCGGCCGGCUAGUGAGGAGGGAUGUUGAAACGGUUCUAAAUACUCUCGUUUCUUGUUUCUGCAUAGUCCCUCGUUGGUUUCUUGUUUCUUGUUGUCCUAAGAAAACAGUAUCAGGUCAAUUUGGUUGUGUGGAGAUAACAUGGGAAAUCUGUUUUGCUGCGUCCAAGUUGAUCAAUCCACGGUAGCUAUCAAAGAGAGAUUUGGCAAGUUCGAUGAGGUGCUUCAACCAGGAUGCCAUUUCCUUCCCUGGAUUAGUGGAAGCCGGCUAGUGGGGCAUCUCUCACUUCGAGUACAACAGUUGGAUGUGCGAUGCGAAACCAAGACAAAAGACAAUGUCUUUGUCAUUGUUGUUGCAUCUGUGCAAUAUCGUGCUCUUGCAAAUCAGGCAAGCGAUGCCUUUUACAAACUUAGCAACACCGAGGGUCAAAUUCAAGCCUAUGUGUUUGAUGUGAUAAGAGCAAGUGUUCCAAGACUCCUUUUGGAUGAUGUUUUUGAGCAGAAAAAUGAAAUAGCCAGAGCAGUUGAUGUUGAACUUGAAAAGGCUAUGUCUACAUAUGGGUAUGAGAUUGUGCAAACGCUGAUUAUUGACAUCGAACCAGAUGUGCAUGUAAAGCGAGCUAUGAAUGAGAUUAAUGCUGCUGCAAGACUAAGGGUAGCAGCCAACGAGAAGGCUGAAGCAGAGAAGAUUCUGCAAAUCAAGAGAGCUGAAGGUGAGGCUGAGUCGAAGUAUCUUGCUGGGCUUGGUAUUGCCCGCCAGCGUCAGGCGAUUGUGGAUGGUUUGAGAGAUAGCGUAUUGGGCUUUUCUGAAAAUGUUCCUGGGACCAGCGCCAAGGAUGUCAUGGACAUGGUUCUCGUCACCCAGUACUUCGACACCAUGAGGGAAAUCGGUGCUGCAUCUAAAUCCUCUGCCGUCUUCAUUCCCCAUGGUCCUGGUGCCGUUCGUGAUGUUGCCUCUCAGAUUCGUGAGGGACUUCUUCAAGCUUCCUCCGUCAGCUAGUUGCACGUCGGAGUCUACUCAAAAUAAGGAUGAAGCCCAAAUAAGGAAGGGGAGAAGCUUUUGUUGGCUUUCUGUGUAAAUGUUUCCGCGUGCAUUUGCUGAUGAUGACUUCUGAAUAUCUUUUUUGUUUGAACUUUCGGAGUGAUUUAAGCACCAAGUAUAUGAAUCUUGAAGGUGUUCCUAAAACAUGGUCUUCGUGCUUCUCCACAGAGAUACUGUUGCAGGUUGCUUGUUUGAAGAUUCAUCUCGGAUUUGCUAUAAUUAAUGAUAGUGUGUCUAAAGUGAUUGCAUUUUGGAAGCUUUUACUUCCUCA